ACGAAAAAACUCAAUUGAGUAGUGAUGAACAAGAAAUGAGUAUUGUUGAACAAAAAUUAAGUGAUAAUAAACAAAUCUUUAAUGAUCAAAUGCUGAGCAAUACCAAAAUUGUAGAUCUAGAAUCACUUACUAAUUGUGAAUUAUACUCUUGGGAAGCUCGAUUUUAG